GCUGUGCUUUGACUGUCCAGCCAGGAGCUACAGCUCUUUCACACAAGUAACCCCCCCCAAAAAAUUGCAAACAAGACCCAAGAUUUCAGCAUCUACAAUGAAGACCACCCUGGCAAGUCUGACUCUGUGCCUGGUGCUGCUCAUGGCCACGGGCUUCCCAUUCGAGAGGAAAGGGGGCUCGGCAUCCAGCGGCGCCUCCAAGGAGAAGCGUGUACAGUUCGCAGCCUGGGAUGAUGUCAAUGUCAUCGCCCACGGCCUCCUGCAGCUGGGCCAGGGGCUGAAGGAGCACGUGGACAAAACCAAGGUCCAGAUGAGGGACAUCUACACCAAGCUGAAGGUGUACAAUCGCACCGUCAGCGAGCUGGGCAAGGAGAGCCUGAGGCUGCAGGCAGAAGGGGAGGCCCUGAAGGCUCGAGCCGGCGGGGUGGAGGACAGAGAGGGGCAGCUGCUCAACGUCACGGCCGAGCUGCGGGAGAAGAUGGAGGAGAUGCAGCAGGAGAGGAGGGCCGUGAGUGAGAGGGUGAGCCGGUUGGAGGAGAAAGCGGACAACAUGAUGCAGGGAGAUGCUGUGAAGAACCACAGUGACACACACAACAUCCAGAUGAUGCUGGAGGCUCAAAACAGACGCAUUGAUGAUCUGAUGGGACGCAUCAGGCUUCAACAGGAGAAACUCGACAAGCAGAACGUGCGCAUUAGAACGCUGCAGAGUCAGAUCCAGCAGUCAAGGCAGAGGUCGUUCCCACAGAACACCCCUUCAAGUGGCGUGUCCGAGCAACGCGACUCGCCAGUCGGGAUGGCAUCGGACUGCCAUGAGCUCUUCCUGCGAGGUGAGACCACCAGCGAGGUGUACACCAUCCAGCCAGACAACAGCGAGCCUUUUAAAGUCUUCUGUGAGAUGACAGCCGAUGGCGGAUGGACUGUGAUCCAAAAGCGCCAGGAUGGCUCCGUGGAUUUUGACCAACCAUGGCACGCCUACAAGCAAGGCUUUGGCACUCUGAAUGGAGAGUUCUGGUUGGGGCUGGAAAAGAUCCAUUCCAUAGCCAAAGAGGGCGCCUACAUCCUGAAAAUUAAGCUGUCAGACUGGGGGAAUGAUUUGGCGUCAAUCCGCCUCCCCUUCCGACUGGGCGGAGAGGAGACCAAGUACUCUCUCCACAUUCAGGAGACCGACACCUUCAGUCCUUUGGAAAGCUCCUUGGGCUCGGACGCCACUUCCGGCCUGCCUUUCUCCACCCAAGACCAAGACAACGAUAGAAAAACAGACACCAACUGCGCCAAACAGCUGUCCGGUGGCUGGUGGUUCAGUAACUGCGGUCAGUCCAAUCUUAACGGGAGAUUCUUCCAGAGCCCACCACCCAAACAGAGGCAUCAGAGAAAACAGGGAAUCUUCUGGAAGACCUGGAGGGGUCGCUACUACCCUCUCAAGUUCAGCAUGAUGAUGAUCGCCCCAGCUGUGAUCGAGAGAAAGUCUUAAAUCGGGACACACAGUAGACUAAGCCGAGACAAAGAGUGGGAGAAAGAUGUCGCUUUAUUCUUUCGGUGAACGAGGUUGUACCUCCGCCAAGGCCCUCAGAAUAGAAGCGGGACGAGCACUCUCCUUCCCUGCCACAGAGAGGAGCGGAAAAGCUUAAGAUGUCACUUCCUCCUUCCUCACAGAGCAAGCUCCGGCAUGUCUCCUGCGAUGCCAAGAGCCUCAGAGAAUUUGCCAACAAGUUGAGACUCAUCAGCAGUUGCAUCAGGAGGCUGGAGAUGUCAGAGCAAAUCCCGAUCGCACCCUCGUUUUGUAAGCGUCAUGACAUGAGACAUGGAAAUGCAGGCAGAUUACGUGUUUUGUUUUUUUCCGGCCAGUAGUGUGGACCAAGCGUCAUGGGUCGCUCUGUACGAGCACGAUGAGAUGCAAACGUUCUUUUGUAAAGUCACUGUGCACUGUUUGACGACGCUUACGCUGUUAAGACGGAUGUCGGCUCCCUAUAAUCUCACGUCUUUUCGAAAACCAUUCCAGAUAUUUCAAUCGUAGCCUUCGCUAUUUUUUUACGUGGAGCAACACUUUAAGUCAUAUUGACUUUUUUCCAAUGUGCGCAUAGUCUUAUGUGUCAUGAUCUGUGUCAUGUUGUUGUUCACUUUUCUUAUUUAAAUACUGUAGAAAAAACAAAAAAACAAAACAACAACAACAACCAGAAAGUGAAAUAUUAUCAUGUGUUUCCGGGUUGUUUGUAAUUUAUAUUGUACGUGUUGUGUUUGGUUGGAUGUAAAUGUGUUUUCUUUUAAGAGACAAAUGGCCAUAAGGAGCCAAUAAAAUGGAUUCAAUUCA